CCUCGGAGCAGCCUGAUGGGUGUUUGUCGCUCUUCUGCCCAGCUUCCACUGGGAUCCUCGUGCUGUUUAUUGGAGCCCCAGCAGUAUUUACGGGCAACAUCUGUUCGUGAUGUCGAUGCUGAGACACAAACCAACCUGGAACUAAGACAAGGGAACCACAUCACACAAAACAUGGUGGAUGCAAGGUUGACGCCACUGGCAGCGAUGGGGCUGGACCGAGGCACUCUAAUGCAUGAAGGUCUUCGUCUCCAUGGUGGGGUUGUGUACCCAGGGAUCAGAGCACUGUCAGCGGAGAAGAGCCGAGAGACAGCCGCCCUUCCCCUCACUUAUAAUAGGGAUGGUCUCCCAGAGCUCCUCUACAAGCCUGAUGGCCCUUUGGACAGUCGUAAGCCCACUAAUGGAUAUCUGGGCCUCUACAAGGGCACCCCUCCAGGUCUCCCCAAGCCUAUGCUGGUUCCUGGAACUGGAAAUGAAGGUCUAGGUUUGGAACGCCGAGUAGGACCUGGAGAAAAAGCUUCUGAACUGGGCUUGGCAGGUGCUGGUGGCAGCUACCUCCGCCUGCCGUGGCUCAACCCCUACCCCGAAGCAAGCAUGUAUCCCUUCAUGGACACAUCCAAGUAUGCGGCUCUUAACAUGUACAAAGCCUCCUUGCUCAGCCAACCCAACCCUUAUCUUCCCCAGCACCUGGCCUACUCUUCUCUGUGUGCAGCCCAGGGAGGCAAUGUUAACCCUGCAGCAGCCGCUUCUGCUGCUGAGAGGCUCUACUAUAUGCCCCCCUAUCCUCCUUCUCCCAUCUCUUCUCCCCUUGUAGCACCCCCUAUGAGGAUUCCUGCAGUCACAGUGGCCCCCACAUCACUGGUACACUGCCAGGACAAGGGGCUUCCAUUUGCACAGCAGCUUCACCAACCUUCCCCUCAUCCUCAGCACCAUCAGACUGCUAUAGACAGGGACCGGUCCCCGAGCAGGAGCAGCAGACCAAGCAGACCUCCCUCAAGGAAGGGCUCUAGCAACAACAAUAACAACAGUAGCACUAGUGGCACCAGUGGUGGGAAUAAUAAUAGUCUGCCUACUGAUUCUUCUCCUCAUGCAUCUUCUCGCCUACCCCAACCUCCCCCUCCUCCUGCUCUCAUUGAUAAUUCACUGGAUUUACAAAGGCCAGUCGUUAGGUUAGGACAACCACCCUCCUCUUCAAUAUCUGCCUCAUCUACACAGUCCAUUCCCCAUCCAUUCUCUGUGAGCAGCAUGGCAUCAGAGCAGCCC